ACACACACACACACACACACACACACACACACACAUGCGGCUUCAGGCAGCUCUGCCUGCUGAACCAGCGUCUGACGGCCAGCUUUAGCUUUUAGCAUCUCCUGCUGACACUUAGCAUUUUGGCUUCUUCUGCUGUGGAAAUAGAAGAAGAAAAGAGAGGCUGCUAAUAGUGUCUGCUGCUGCUUCCUCACCCUCCCUCCCUCCCUGUCUUCCUCCUCUCUCUCUCUCUCUCUCUCUCUCUCUCUCUCUCUGUUUCUCGCUCACACACAUCCCCAUCACACCCACACCUACACCAAAGGAUACCCUCCCUAUUUUUCUCUCUUACGCCACCACGUUUUCUCCUCUUCCCCUUCAACCCCUUCAAACAAAACAUUUUUUUUGUAAGGAGGACAUGCUUGUCUGAGUCCCCCUUUCUGUUUCUAAUCUAAGACUUUCUUUUGUGGAUUUUUUUUCCUGCUCUGAUACUUUGUUGCUACCUGUGGAGGUCCCCCCCUCCUCCCCCCCACCACCACCCGGUUCUCUGGUUUUUCUCCUGCCAGCCGUCGCACUGAGCACAGCCCCGCAGAGAGGCACCAUGCUGGGAUUGGACGUGUGUGAGUUCGGGGGUCAGGUGCUGGAGCUGCUGUGGCUUACUAUGUGCUACAGAGGUGUGAUGGCUAACAAGAAGGAUUUACCAAUUGAGGAUGAAGAGGACGAGAGAAAUUUGAACUACAAUCCCCCUGCCCAGAAGUCUUUGGAGGAGAUCCAGGGACUGGACAAAGAGGACCAGAGUCUGGUCAAGUACAAGCAGACCCUGCUGGGGAAGUUACCUGUUCCUACAGACCUCUCUGUACCUAACGUCCAGGUGACCAGACUUACCCUGCUGUGUGACACGGCUCCUGAACCAAUCACCAUGGACCUGACAGGAGACCUGAACGCUCUGAAGGAGAAGACCUUUAUCUUAAAGGAAGGAGUGACAUACAGACUAAAGAUAGACUUCAAGGUGAACAGAGAGAUCGUUUCUGGCUUGAAGUACCAUCAUGUUACCUGCAGAAAAGGAAUUACCGUGGAAAAGGUGUCGCACAUGGUGGGAAGUUAUGGCCCUAAGGAGAAGGAGCACGAGUCUGUGGGCCCGCUUGAUGAAGCCCCCAUAGGCAUGAUGUCCCGAGGUCACUAUCAGGUCAAGUCCCGCUUCAUUGACGACGACAAGAUUGUCUACUUGGCAUGGGAUUGGAACUUAGACAUCAAGAAGGACUGGGAUUAAUGAAGGCAGAGAGAUUGCGAGGGAUGACGCCAUCUUUCCCUUUCGUUCUCCCUUAUCCUUCACCUCCCUGUUGUCCUCUCCCCAGUUCCCCAACUCCAUCCUGAGAGGCUGACGCUCUACCUCUCUAUCUGCUCAUCUCUCUCCUUAUUCUUCUCUACUCGCUUUUCUCUCCCUUGACUUGUUUAGUCCAUGUCUUCUGAAAGCCAUUAGAUGACUUCAGAGAAAACAGCCCCUCGUCUCUCUGCCUUCUGUUUUUUUUUUUUUUUUAAAACCUGUAUAACACACGAUGAGGCUUUUGGAAUCGUAAGAUCCCCUUUAUAACUUCCACCCAUCUUUGUUAUGUAUCCAGUCAUCAUAAAGCCAUGACGGGUUUGGAGAAACAGUCGAUGAAAGGAAUCCAGCUUAAGGCACAUUAGGAAGUUCAUUAGAUAUUUAGAAAACUUUCAAAUCUGCAUAACUGACUUUUCUAAAGAGAAGAGAUGAAACAAUGUUAAAACAGAGUUAAAUGGGUUGAUGCUCAGCUUUUGUUUUAUCAUUUCAAAGAGAACUCAAACUACAAAAGCUGCCUUUAAAUCCAAAAGCUGCCAGAGAAUCGUCCCGUUUUUAAAAUAUCCUACAGCAUGAACAUAAACCGGUGACACGUGUCUGUGUUUUACAGAGUAAACAACAAACUAAUAAUAGAUAAUUCGUCUAAUUAUUCAAUAGCUGAGCUCAUAUGGCAGCCCAUCAUCAAACUCUCGAAAAUCAAUGACAAUAUUAAUCAUCCUGAUUUCUCUGCCAAUAGUGGGAAGUUGAGUUCUGAAAUGUAAUAAAUAAAAUUAGGAAUGAUUUUAAAAACUCCUGAUUUAGAAAAUAUAAAGAAGAGAAAAGUCCAUGCAUUUAGGGUUAGAUCGCUUUUAUUUGUACUUUUAUUCACCCAAUUGUCUGGAGUCAGAAAAGAAACAUAUACAAAGAGCCAAAGUUUGCGUUUUAACAUUUAAGCCUCCUAGACUUUAAAUUAUUGAGCUUUUGACUGAUCAAGAAUAAGGGUUCAACAAUGUUCCUUUAAAAAUGUCAUUUUUUCUAUGAUAUUUUCAAUACUUUCAUAUCAUUACUUUUUUAAAUGGCAUUUUGUUUUCUUUAUUCUGCCUCACACAGAAAAAGUAUCAGUACAUCAUCAACUGCAGCAAGAAAUAUUUUCUUUUAAUAAAAUGACCCUGAAAUUCUCUUUUUUAAUCCAUAAAGGAAAUGGUAAAGUAAGAAGAAUUAUCUGUGAAUUCUGAUUCAUCCACAUUUUAACAUUUCAGUUUUCUCGAGUCUUUGUGAGGCUUUUAUUUUGAAAAGGCAGACCAAUGACAGACUGUAACUGAACUGUGCAUAUUGUAGAAAGAGAUGCAUGUACGUCCUUUAGGAUUUGAUACUCAGUACAAAUUUACAAAGCAAAGCCCUUUCUAAACCUCUCUCGUAUAUCAAAGACACAAAAUGUGAAUACAAUUCUGCUUUGAACAUUAAGGAAACAUAAUGAUCGUAGCUGAAACAUGGAGUACUGUCUUAGGAGUAUAUCAAGGGUCGAACUAAAUACCCUUAAAAAAUAAGAGAAAUCAUUACAGUGUUAAGUCUUUGGAUAUGAUAUUGUUAUUGUUGCUGAGCAUACUGAACAUUGAAAAACAUUUGAAAUCGUUGUGAUCUAAGAUUAACUGUAAAUGUAGGCUUGUUGGGUGUUGCAUGGUUAAGCAAGAUUCUCUUUUCCUUUUUUUAUGACUUUAUUGUAAAAUUCUAUGUGAUUAAAAAACAAAAGAAGAAGAAGAAGAUACUAACGCAAUAUCCAGAUGUCAAUGGUUGCCAUAUACUUAAGAUACGGUGAUUACAGGGAUGUUUUUAAAGGACCAGAGUCCUGGAAAUAUUUGUCUGUAUCUUAAAACCCCGGCCUGUAACUAUCUUCAAAUAUUUGUGUCCAAUCGAAUAUCCUGUAUCUUUUAAUAAAGGCAAUUCAAACAACCA